AUGGCUAACAGCUACAACAGCAUCUACCUCAACAACUUGUCGGCGUUCUGUGCACGACUCUCCUGUGGCAGUCUGAUCGAGCUCUGUAAGGCUGUAGCUCUGGGUCAGGUCCUGAAUGGCGUGGCGAUUAUUCGACCUCCAGGACAUCACGCGGAGCCGGAUGAGGCGGGGGGGUUCUGUCUGUACAAUAAUGUGGCGAUUGCGGCGCGGUACCUACAGAAGGCCCAUGGGCUGCAGAAGAUCUUUAUCUUGGAUUGGGAUGUACACCACGGAAACGGGACACAGACGGCGUUUUAUGAUGACCCGAAUGUAGUGUAUUGCUCGAUCCAUCGAUUCGACCAUGGGGCGUUCUAUCCAGGAGAUCCUGUCGCUGCGGCGCAUACAGCUAUUGGAGAAGGCGCAGGACGUGGAAGGACGAUCAAUAUUCCGUGGAAUAGUAGUGGAAUGGGCGAUUCCGAGUACAUCUAUGCGUUCGAUAAGGUGAUCAUGCCGAUUCUGUAUGAGUUUGCGCCGGACUUUGUGUUGGUCAGCGCAGGAUUUGAUGCCGCCAAAGGCGACCAUAUUGGACAGAUGCUUGUAACGCCGGCAGCCUAUGGACACAUGACUCAUAUGCUCAAGUCGCUUGCGGGCGGGAAAAUCAUCCUAGCAUUGGAGGGCGGAUAUAAUCUGGACUCGAUUGCGGUGUCGGGAUUGGCGUGUGCGAAGGCUUUGCUAAAUGACCCGAUUGAGCCUUUGGGAUCGAUUGUACCGAAUGCGUUGUGCGUGCAGACGAUUCAUGAGGUCAUUGAGGUCCAGUCGCGGUACUGGAAGAGCUUGCCCCAAGUGUAUACGGAUCCAAUUGAAGAACCUGUAGUAGGAAGGCAUGUGGUGGGUAUGAAUAAGAUGAUGGAGGCGUAUAGAAAGUCAUACCUGAAGGAGCGGUACGAUAUGAUCCCGAUGGCGAAGCUCGAGAGUGAGACUGGGCCCGCAUUCUUGGAUAAUGUCCACUGCACGUAG